AUGGAAUUUUGUUUUUCAUUUCUCUGCAGUUUUGGGAAUAUGAUUUAUAAGGAGAAGCGAGAAUCUGUUAGUAAAGAAGAUCUAGCAAGAGCUACUUUAGUUACUAUCACCAAUAACAUUGGUUCUGUGGCACGAAUGUGUGCUGUUAAUGAGAAAAUAAACCGAGUUGUCUUUGUUGGGAACUUUUUACGUGUCAAUACUCUCUCAAUGAAACUUUUGGCAUAUGCACUGGAUUAUUGGUCAAAAGGUCAACUGAAAGCAUUGUUUCUAGAGCAUGAGGGAUACUUUGGAGCAGUUGGUGCACUUCUUGGGCUGCCAAAUUUCAGCUAAAAAGCAUCAGGUUUUUCUCUGCUAAUAAAUGUCAUCCAUGAGGAACUGAAAACCAGAGGCAUUAUUACUGCAUUAUUGUCACUGGGAACCAAAGGAUAACAGAGUAGCACUAUUCCUGUUGAUUUUUAAAUGUCACAGUGGUAAGCUGCUAAAAGUUGCCAUAUUAAAAGAGGGAGCUCGGUAACAUGUGAAGUAUUUCUAAUUGAAAUGCUUUCCCUUCUGUAUAUAUCCAGUGUUAAAUCCUUAAAAUGCAAUACAGCCUCUGAUUAUUGAGCUUCCUCUCAGAAGAUUUUCUAUUUAUUUUAUGUAGCCAACUCUUGCAGUACUGUAUGCUCAAACACAAAUCUUAAAGUCUCUGAAAUGUUAAGCUCCUGAAGAUAAUUGGAUCUGGAUAUUUGUUGCAAGUGCGUUCUGUGUGUCUUGGUUACUAGUAAGUGGGCAGUAACAUACCCUAUAUCAAACUUACUGAAAUGGCUAUCAAAGAUGAUCGUUUUGAUGUGAUUUUAGAAAUGUUAAGGCAAUAUGAAUUAUUCAUGAUUGUAGUUUUCUCAGCAUUUCUCCCACCAAAAAAGCAUGUUUAUAUGAUCUUUUCCCAGAAGUACAAGCUUUUUCAAAUGCCAUAAUUUGUUUGAAAUACUAUUGUUAAAUAUUAGCCUGAAUUUUAAGAUGAAUCCUAGAAAAUCACAUAAUUGGUGAUAAUUGCACUUUCUGUAUUUUAUGUUAAUCAUUAUAUUUUAAAAAUGUUUUGUUAUAGAGACUUAAUUACAUAUUUGAAAAUCCACUUAAUGAGGUCCCAGGACUACACUAAUAGAAUAUGGUUUGUGUGCAUUGAUAGAGACCUGUGCUCUCUCUAUACCACAUUUAUCUCGGACCUGAACUUAGUCAUUUCUGUUUAAUUAGGUCUGAAACUUCAAAGCUAGAGACUUUAAUCUAUUAUGAACAGCAACAAAAUCACAUUUAUUCUAAAGAGAUGUCAUGGAAAUCUAAAAGAUGAGUUGUUUUGAAACUGUAGGGGUCUGAGGCAGUAUUGCAAAAUUAGAAAAGGAUCAGUGUUUUGUACAUUCUGGUAAUAAAGACAUUAUAGUUCCAAAAUUUGUAAAUCCUUUUCCCUUGGAAUUUGUUCUCUAUUUUGAAGUCAUUUUUUAUAAUGUUACUAAUUUUUUCAGAUACUUUGGCAGUAACAUUUUUGGAGGUCCAGUAGUUCAGCAAAGUUGUUCAAGCCUGUUAAUUAAUUGGUUUAAGAAGUAGACUUGGGGAAAAUAUUCACUUCCUUAAAUUACCAGUAAAUGUGGAUAUACUUUGAAGAGCUUAAAAAUUGUUUACAUUAUAGGAAGAAAGAAGUAUUAAUAUGUUUUUACGGAACAUAAUUUUCCUCCAUAAGGAACAAUUUGCAGUAGAGGUGCUUGAUAAAGACAUUUCUCCUUACAGUUCUCAAGUUUUGUCCUCAAAUAUUUAAAAUUCAGUUUUAUUUAAUCUAAAGACAUGAACAUAUGAAUAAUAGCAGUGACUAUUCAGAGGGAAAAGCAUGUAAGGUAAUUUUUUAGAAUUUAGAAUAUUUGGAAGUUUGAAUUCAUGUCGAGUCAAUAAGUCACUUUGAAAACCUACAAUGACUAAAUGUUUCUUACUUUAAUGUUUCCAUUGUUAUGGCAAGAUAUUUCUGUCACUACAAAAAGCCAUGUGUUCAAUUUAUUUUAAAAUUUUGUGAUUUGGACAUUUGUACAAAAAGUUUUUAUUUUUAAAUGAUAAUUUCAAGUUCAUGGCAAACUAUUAGCACCUAUAGACCUGGGGCUGUCUUUAAGAAAGGAAUGGAAUUGUCAGAGUCCAUGUAAAUUAAUUUGAUCAAUGUUUUGGUUAAUUUGGGACUGUGAUUCAUACUUUUGUCCUUUAAAACUGAAGUUACCUGUUAAAAUGCAUAUACAGUGAACAACCAUUUCACCACUGUUGCUCUUGGCUAUUCUCAUGUAUAAUCAAGAAUUACUGGAGCAAUAAGCAUGAACACAAAGUUUUGAUGAAGACUGACAAGAUUCUAGUUUUUUAUUAUAAUCUCAAAAUUCUUUAUAAGCAUACAGUGGUAAAUAGGUUUAGUUCUUAGCCCGAUCAGCAUAAUGCCUCAAAGCUCUAUUUCUAUUAGACUGUACAAUUUAAGAACAUGAAGUGUAAGCCAUACGUAAUUUUACGUUUUCUAGUAAGCAUAUUUAAAAAGUAAAAAGAAACUGGUGAAAAUCAUUUCUAUUUAACCCAGUAUACCUGGUAUGUCACCAUUUCAACAUAUAAUCACUAUAAAACGUUAUUUAGGAAAUAAUGUAUUGUUUUUUAACUCUGUCUUUAAAACCAGUGUAUAUUUAUACUUUGGGCACACUUCAGUUUAGGCUAACCACAUUCCAGGUUCUCAAGCCACAUUUGGAUAGUGGCUUCUGUACUAGACAGUGCAGUUCCAGAACUAGCUCUUAAAAAAAAAAAAAUGAACACUAUCAUGUAUCCAUUAAAACUUUAUGAAUAAAGGCUUUUUAAAGACUGUUUGAGAGGGGAUAUGGGAAAUACUAUUUUUUAUGGAAAAAGAUACGGGAACUUUUUUUUUUAAAAUACAGAAGGAGGUUAAGAAGUAGCUCAUUUGGUUUAGUUUAUUUUACAGACUAGCUGUAUUUCUGAUCAAUCCAAAAAUGUCUUACAUUGGAUCCUGCCAUUUUAUCAUACUGUAUAUCAUUUUUCUAGUGAUACUGAUAAGUUGCCCAAGACCCAUCCUGACUGGCCUCAACAAUCUCCAAAAUGUCAGUUUCCUUCACUGAAGCAAAUUUGAUGAUUCCAGUGACUUAAAUCCACCCAACCUUAUGUAAUUGAACUUUGAGAAGACAAUUUUAAAGGACUAAAAAGAGACCCUUUUAAUUCUUGAGUUCUGUACACACAAGUUCUUUACAAUUUUUGGAUUUAAUUUCCAUUCUUAAAAAAUGGUAAAAUAUUUUCAAAUACAAAGAGCACUAUCAGGUUGUUUUGGGGCUUGAUGAAGAACACAAGGUCUAGAACUUUCCACCACCAGCCCCCCCCCCCAGAAAAAGAUUGCCUUUUAACUAGAGAUGUUUAGAAAUAAUGGCCUUCAGUUCUAUACCCAGUUUCUCCAAAGACAUAGUAUUAGACUUGCUUGCCUGUCAACGGGGGCAUUCCUUGCUCAGCUACUCUAAAUAGGUGGGCUCUUCAUUUGGGUUAAGUCAGUGCCAUUGCCAAUAAUAUACAUGGCCAUUGACAGUCUUUCAAGAGGUUCAGAUUCUUUGCCAAAUAGUAGAUUCUGUAAAGAUUCCUGAGUUUUUUACCUUUGCAUGCAAAUGUGAUUAUUGCAGGUACCAGUUCCUGAAAGUCCCAUUUCUAUAAGAAAAAUGAUGCAGCUAAAGGGAAAGGUUUUCCUCUAUGUCUGAUGGAACUCUUGCCUUGUAAGAGCAGUCUCUUACAUCUUGCCUUGAUUUCUAAGGUUGCAUUCUUGGGUGGAAAGCUUAGCAAGGCAGUAGUUUCCAGAUACCCUUUAUAACCACUCUGCUUGUUAUAUGCAAAAAUGUUCAUAUUUUGUAUAGUGUAUAUUUUUUUUCUGUUGAGCACUUUAUGCUUUUUAGUCUAUUGCAUUUGAGAAAAUAUAGUUUAGAAAUCCUUAUUUAAAGCCAUGUAAAAACCGUUCAAAGGGUAAUAACCAGAAAAAAUGAGUGUGCAUUAUUUUGCAUUUAACUCAUUGUUUUGUGGUAUAUAUAAGCAAAAUAUUAGAAAUAUAUUGCCUUUUUGUAAUACUCUUUGACCUUAUUUAAGAUGAUUUGCCAAGAAAUGUCACUGAUGCCCUAUUUUCCUAAUGAGUUUAUUAAAUGUGGGUUUUAUUCUAAUACUGAAGGAAUUCAGCCAGCUUUGUUUCUGUCAUCAGAUAACCUCAGAAAAUAAUGUGCUUUAUCUAUAUUACUGUCUGUUUUCCAUAUUUGAGACAGUAGUGGUCUUAUAUUUUCUACUGAGCCUAGUAAUAAUCAGAGACCAAAAGAGGUAAUUUUUUUCUUCCUUUAAGGUAUUUUUAAUAGCCUAAUAAAAAUGAUGGUGGUAUAAAAAGUAAAUCACCCCACCUUUUUGACCAUAUCUAAAAUUCUGAGUAAUUGCCACUUCCAAAAAGUCUUCUCAAAGCAGUCUCUAUUGCUUGUGUUAUCGCUUGUGUAUUCAAUGGAUGUGGGAUCUUAACUUGGUAUUAUAUUAGAAAUAGUGCCAGCCACUGGUCUAAAUUCUUUGAAUAUUAUUUUAUUUCAUUGUAAAAUGAGGGAAUUGAUUUGAUACAAUGGGAAACAACUCAGUUAUCGUCAGGAUCCUGAAAAAAGUUGCUCCAUUCAUGGCAGCAUUUGGAAAGACUAAAAUAAUUUGUUCAGGUAUGUUGUGUCCUGUUUUGGAGUUAAUUUGAUUUGUAUAUGUUGAUAGAGGCACUAGAUUCUGGAUUCUUACCAAGCCAGUAGAAUGGUAUUAGUUACUCUCUCAUAAGGUUAUGUUCUUGUCUGUAAUAGCCUAGUAGAUAAAGUAUUAUGAGGGGUUUUAUAUAUAUAUUAUUAAAGUGGGUGUGUGUAUGUGCACACGCAUGGUUGCACACUUUAAUCUGUGGGAGUAUCUGGAAUUUUUAUUGUGUUAACUUUUAAAUUAUGUGGACAUUAUUAUAGUUUUUCCAUUGUACAAAAAGAAACAUCCUGCUAGAUUCAUGAAUGUUUGAAUAUUAGAUAUAUUUGGGAUUUUUAGUGGUCCUUUAAGCUGUUUCUUCUUUCUGAUCAUUGUGAGUAGGAACAGAUGCGGGAUAAACCCCCUCUAGGAAUUACUUACUGCUUUUGUCAGACACAUUUUGUAGCAAAAUUUAUAAAACAAUUUUAAUUACCUCCAGGUGAGUUGAAAUAUCAUGUGUUCUAGCCGUUUACAUCAAAGAUGAAGACUCAAAAUGCUUUUAUCCUUAGAAUUGUCUGAGAAUAAUCAGACUGUACAUGGUUCUGACAUUCCCAGCUUAUUAUUUAAAAUAAAUGUAGCAGUGAGUUGAUACUGGGACUUCCAAGUACUAAAUAGUUGUGCCGAAUGAUGUGUGUGAGGGGAAAUAAUUUUUUUUCUUAAAGAAAUCUUUAUAUUCUGGCUCUUUGAGUUGUUAAGAGAUUAUUUUUCUUUGAAAUUUUCAGUCAUUUUGCUGCAGCUGCCACUAAUUUUGUGUUUAAAAGAACUAAUGAAUAUAUUUUUUAAAGGAGUAAAUGAAGUUAAUAUGCAACUGAAUUUCUAAGAUAUUGCUGACUUUUUUUGCUAUUAACAUCUUUCAUUCAUUGCAUUGCUUACAGUUUCAGUAGCUUCCAAAGAAAACAUCUGAGUUUUUACAUAAUUUGUAAAGUAUACAUAAGUAAUGCAAAUAGUUUGAAAUUAUUUUAGCUUUAUGUUGUAUCUCUGAAUCAUGGACAUCAUACCUGGCGUAAUCAGUAGUUAUUGCAGAUACUAAGUAAGCCAUUUUUAAAUUUAUAAUUUUUUUCUGAGAUGCCCUUUUUAGUUUGCAAUGUUUAGAAACAAAAGGUAACUUUAUACACCUAACAUCAGUAUCUUAGUCUCUUUGUCCCAUAUAUAAUUAAUGGAAUUAGGAUGUAAGUCCUAUUAAGACAGUUUUAUUUUAUUUUUAUAUAUUGUAUUUUUUCCUUUUUAUUUGAACUACAUUGAGACUGACUUUUUGACUGAAGUUGAAUGGCAUUUGUCUUAAUCCUGCCCAGUUAUUGACCAAAUCAUAUCUAGAUGUUUGUAUGUUUUAAUUUUACUUACACGAGCCAUUUCAGUUUAAGUUGCCUUAUUCUAUCACAUUGUUCUUGUCACGUCUAAGCUUUGUCAUGUUGGAAUUCUUUUAACACUGAAUCUGUGAUGUAAAAAUGUAUGAUGUGCUACAAAUUUUAUUCAUAAUUAACUUAUAGCCUAUUGUAACCUAUAAAACAUUUCUUGUAAAUUGUCCAGUUUAUUUUUUGAUUUAUGUACAUUUUCUUUUGUAAAUUUUUCAAAACACUUGUUGUGGCCUGUUGUAUAAACAUUCCUGUGCUCUUCUUAAUGCUUAUUUGCAUGAAAGAAACUUAGGUUUUGCUUGUUUAUAUUGGAUGGCCAUUAAGCCAACUUUGGUACUCUCUGCCUUCUUUCCUGUAGUUUAACUUUUUCUAGUUUUGUUCAUAUUCUAAAUAAAUGUUAAAAUCAUUCUUACUUCCUACUUUCCAAAUAAAUUCUCUAAGUUGUUUAAUA